AUGACGUCAUUAUUAUUUUUUUCUAUAUCCCUUUUUAUUUGUCACUUUCCCUUUUUUGCUCUCUUUUUCUUUCUUUCUUUCUUCAUUUCGUUUCUGUCUUUGUCUCUUUUAAUAGUUUAUUUUUGUGAUUUUAUCUUUCUAUUAUUUUACUUUCCUGAUUUUUCCGACCCGAAUUCUUUUCCGCAAUUUUAUAUUCAUUUCCAAGCCUUUCUUUUUUUUUUUCUCCCUUUAUUUCCUUUAUUUAUUUUUUCACUCUUUCCUUUUCGUGUAACUUCUUCGUCCUUUUUUCUUCCUCAUAUAGUUCGUCGUUUGAUAUUAAUUUCAUUGCUUCAUUCCUGUUUUUCUUCCUUCUUACAUUGUUCUGUUUUCUUUUAUUCACCCUUUUCUUCCACUUUUUUUCUUUCCACCUCUCUAGUCUUCUAUUUCUUCUUUAUUUGUACGUUUCUUCAUUCCUUUUCUUCAUUUCUUUUUCUUUCGUCCUUUUUUAUUUUUUCAUUCUAUACUUCAUUCCUCCCUUUUUUUUCAUUACUUUUUCUGUUGUCAUUCUUUUUCCUUUUCGCUGUUCCUGCUUUUCUCCUCUCUUUCGUUCUUCUUUCAUCAUAUUCAUGCAUUUACACACACGGUUAUCUCUUCUUUUUCUCACUCAUUCAUAUCACUUCUCCUCUCACUUCUUCAUUGCCUUCAGCAUUUUUCCGACCCACCAUUUUUCUUGCCUACAAUCUUAAAAUUUUCCACUCCUUCUUCUUUCCUUUCACUUCUUUUCAAAUCAUUCCUCAAAUCUUCCGCCAUUUUUUUUUCUCGCUCGUUUUGUUUUUUUACAUUUUUUUUCUUUUUCCUGUCUUUCUUGUUUCACCACGUAUCAUUUUGUGGUUAUUUUCUCUUUAUUUCUUUAUCUCUCAUUUUUCAUUCUAUCUUUCAGCUCUUUCAUUUCUUUCUGCCCUCUUCAUGAUUUCUUUUGUAAAAUGCCUACCAUUCAUUUCUAUUUGUCCUAUUACUACUCCGAAGCGUUUUCGGUCUUCUUUGUUCUUGAUUUUCUUCUUCAUCUUAUCAAGAGAAUUUCUUAACCUUAGCUUAGUCAGAUGCAAGGACAUCUUUUGUCUUAUUUCCCCUUUUCUUCUUUCUGACUCUUUCUCUUUAUUUUUCUUAUUUAUUUCUCUUUUUAUCCCCACUCUCUAUUUUCUUUUUAUCCCCACUCCCUGUUGUUUUCCUUUUUUAAUUACUUUUCACUUCUUUCUCUCUCAUCAACUUCUUUUCUUUUCUCUCUCUCACUGUUGCAUCUAUUUUCUUUUCUCUUUUAUCUUUCUUUCUUUCUCUCUCUUUUUUCAACUAUUUUCAUUCAGACAUUUUCCCUCUUUCCAACUGUUUUUGUUUCUUUUGUUUUAUCUCCCACCUGCUCUCAAUUAUUUUGGUUCAUUUAUUAAUUCCCCACCUCUGUUCUUUCUCAUUCUCUCCUUUUUCAACUAUUUUCUUGUAAUUAAUUUUUCUUCUCUCUCUCUCUCUCUCUCUCUCUCUCUCUCUCUCUCUCUCUCAGCUGUUUUCGAUUUAUUUUAA